UGAGUUCAGUUCGUUCACAAGCCGCGCUUUUUAAAAGGGUAGCAGUUGAGUUAGAUUUUAGUUUUCAUCGUUCAUUGCUCAUCAAGGCUACUGUCAUUUCAAUUGAAUUAACUUCAGUCUAAGUGAUACCAGUAUUGCUUUUCUGAAAGCUGUUAGCAUCUGUACUUUCUAUUAAAUACAACAGUUCUGUCUGUUGAACUAUCUAAACUUAACAGUCCACAACUUACUGUUUGCUUACCGCAAACCUUUUUGAGUUUUUAGCUUUUGCAUCUGCAUGUCUUUUCCAAGUUAUCUACUGCUCAGUGUAGGAAGGGGUGUUUGUUAACGCAUUGGUUAUCGAUAGCCGGUGGGUAGUGGAAAGCACUAUGAUGCAUGGAAAUCAUAGUACCACGAAGUUUGAAGAAAUAUAACACUAGUGUGGUUGGUAUAUCCUUUAGUGUAGAUAUACCGGUGGUUUUUGCUCAGGGGAAUCGUAUGUGAUACCCACGAGUGCUUUGCUUUUAUUUCUGUUACCGGAAAACUUGUUUGUUUCGUUUUUCAAGGCUAAAGCUGGUUCUGAUAUUAAUCACAACGCACUUCAAUAACUGAAUCAAAGUAGGGUCAGUGCUUCAUGAAGCGCUUCACACAGACUAAAUUAAAACCAAAUAUUACAUUCUAAUAAAACACAAGAUGACCUUAAAAUACUAGCUAUAUAUUGAAAUCAGAGCAUAAAGCGCAUUUUGAUGAGGUUCAUAUGAGCAAUGCUUCUCGGUUCGGUAUCCAAGUACACUGGUUUUUUAUACAUUCUUCAAGUGCAGUUUAUUUCUGUUCUCUAUCUAGACGAUGUCGAAUAAGUUAUUAUUUGGUAAAGCUCUCACCUCAUACGACGAUGAAGAUAUUGAUGAAUUGUUGUCUAAGCUAACACCAGAGGAGCUGGAGCAGCUUAAUGAUGACUUUGAUCCCGACAAUUCACUGCUUCCUCCUUCACAGAGGUGUCGUGACCAAACUACCAAAACCCCAACUGGACCUUAUGAUCGUGAAAAAUUACUAAGAUAUCUCAUUGAAAAAGCCAAAGCCGAAAGAGAUUGGGAAGAAGCUGUGCCUUAUGAAAAAAAGAAAAGGGGAAAAGCCUAUACACCAAAACAAACUAUUUCACCGAGCACGCAAAACGAAUUAAUUGAAAUGGGUUUUGAUGUAGAGUUUGAUGAUGAUGUAAAUAAGGCUCUUGAAAAUGCUACUGAAGAUGAACUUGUUGAUUUGGCUGCUGUCCUGGGUUUUACUGGGAUGUUGAAUCAAGUACAGUUCCACGCUAGUUUAGAAGGACGUAAAUUGGAAAUGGGUGGAUUCUCUGGUGUGGCUAAAGCUGAACGUCCUAAAGUCGUGCCAGAUGAGCCACCUAAUAUGACAGAUGUAGAGCUUAACAUCAUUUGAAAAUUGAGGGACACUAAACACUUUUUCCUUCACUAAAGACUACUUACCAUCGUUCUCUGUUCUGACCACGUUUUGUAAUUUAGCCUUUCCUAGUGAACCCUUCAGUUUUGUAUGAUGUUGGUUCAGUCACAAAUGAUUGACAUUUUCUACCUUCAGAUUGCUACUUAUAAGUGUAUGCUCAGGAUGUCUAGUAAUAUCAAAGGCGGUGGGUUAGUGUCCAGUUACACAUCCAAGCCUUUUUUUACAAUAAAUUUGUUGAUUAACAAGGGAAGUGAAUAGACCGUUUUUCAGUUCAACUCAAUCUUUUGAUCUCUAUUUUUUGAUCCUCUAUUUAGUGGUCAGUAACCAGGACUUCAUUUACUUUUAUAACUUGCUCGUGUAUCUACAUUUUCAAUACUUUAGAAUUUAAACUAGUAGAUACCAAAACAUUUUCUAUGGUGUUUUUCAAUCAAAUAGGUCCGAUCUUGUAACCUACGGUGUAUAAUUGUUUAUUUCUAUUCUAUGGUUCAAUUUUACUCUCACCUAAAAAUAAACUAUUGUUUCAAAAAGACUACUUUAUUCCUCCAAAAUUUCACAUGUCUUCAUACUUGGAUUCAUCAUUUAUUACUUGCUCACUUUAAACUGCUUGUAUUUUUCUUUCUAUCUUUUAUACGUUUCAGGAUAGUAUAAAGAAAUUGGAAAAUAACAGCGAAGAACUAACUAAAUUAAAUUUAAACAAUAUCAAAACAAUAAGUGCUGAAGCAGUACAGCGCUUAUGUGCCGCUCUUACAAAGAAUAACCAGUUAACUGAACUGCAUAUGGCAGCAACACGUUUAACAAACGCAAUGGUUGAACCGUUCUUUGAUAUGUUGCAAAAAAAUACUGUAUUAAAAGUAUUAAAUUUGGAGUCGAACUUUUUGACUGGUUAGUCGGAAACAUUAUUUACUGUGAACAAAUAUUAAAAUUACAAGCGGAAUUUGACAUGCCUCAAUUCAUAAGAAUAAAUUCAGUCAUUAGUAGACGUAAACAUAUUGCCAUAACGUAUCAAGAACUAUAGGAGUGUAAUAUGUGCUAAAAUACCGCAAUGAAAUAGCAGAUUCGAAGCAUCUUACAUUCGAUGAGGUUGGUAUACAUACAUAUUUUUGUAUUGUGUUCUAUGAGCUGAAUAGUUCAGUUACGAAGCUUCCGUUGAUGUUGUGCUAUUCAUCGUUUAACGAUCCAGCUUUUCCUAGGUCUGAGUGUUAUCCUCGUUCGUUUAUUGGAGUCAAUUAGCCAUGAAAAAAGUGGAAUAACCGAUUUGCAUUUAGCUAAUCAACGUCAAUCUGUGCUCGGUGUAAAAAUUGAACAAAAUUUGACCGAAUUAAUACUAGCCAAUCCACGUUUAGUUCGUUUGGGCUUAGAUUUAGAGACUAGCGAUGCACGUGUACGUACCAGGGAACAUGUCAAAUUUAAUUUAGAUCGUGUUUCUCGGCAACUACGGCGUAAUAAAAAUUAAAUUUUUACGUAAAUAUGUAAGUACGUUUGAACAUUGUACUGAUUUUCACUUUAAUUUGCCUUUAAUUUACCUACUUAUUUUUCCCAUCUAUUUUGCUUCUGUAAGCUACAGAAUUAGCCUAGUAUUAUUAAGUUGGUUUACAUGUGCACAUUUAUUUAUGUAUAUCCUGUUAUUAUUUUCAGUUUGGUCUGUUUAUGUUAGUCGAUUUCACUGUUGUAAUGUAUCUGUUAACAUAAUUUCAACAUGUAUAUCUGGCUUUGUUUGGUCAUCGUUACUAAUAUAUACUCAUGAUGAACACAUCGCCACAUUAUGAGUCCAAAAUAAUAAAAAUCAUCUCAAUUCUUAUAAUUGUUUCCUGCAUAUUCAUAAUCGAAAAAUAGCCAUUUCAAGGUAGUCAAGAGUUACACUUCCAUUUGAUUUUGCUUCUAAUGUGUUUGUAUCGUGAGUUGAAAUUUCGAAUGAUACGAUUGUCGUUGCUUAACAUCUUCCUAUAUUUUAUUUAAUGUCUUCCAUUUGGUUACAUGCAUUCUGUAUUUAAAUACAAGUAAAUUAGUCAAAUUUAAUAUGCAAUUAAUCAAUUUUGUUUGUAUUCACUUUUAUUUGUAAUCGUAUUGGAUAGUUGGAUAUCCGGUGACAACUGCUAAAAAGCACAAAAUAACUGUUGGCUAUUUCUCCAACUUCUCGGGGCUGUAUACCUUUUUAUCUAAGUUGUUUUAGUGUCAUGUUGCGACUGACAAAGCCGUUCUGUUUUAAGUUUCAACGUUAGAUGGACUCUGGGUUAUAUGAGAUCGAAUCCGACAGGGUGCAUCAGUUCCCUCAAAAUUACAGGUACAUCUUGCUGAUGGGUACCAAAUAGCAUUAAACCUUGGUUCGG